AUGGCUGUUCUUGAACCGAUCAAGAAGUCACUCAAGCUCGCCAAGGGAUUCUUGGAGGGCGGACUUGUGUGGAGGACUGGAGUGAGCACCAUACUAUUCCUUCAACAACGGUUCAAAGGAAAGACAAGAUGGCUAAGGCUUCAGGAGCCAUCAUCGAUCCUGCUGAAGCCCGCCCAGCCGUCCCUCCUCCAAGCAUUGACUUGCACCGGAACCCGGGGCCCGCCGCGCAUUCAAGUUCUCAGAACGCUGUCAUCUGAACUUCACAGGCUGCGUGAACCUGGAAGUUGUCGUGUUGUCCGGUCACCCGCGCCGCAUGAUGUCAUCGACAGGGGCCGAAGCACAGGUGGAUCCCGUGCCAAGCCUAUUUGUGCUGUUUGCAGUGGAGGAUCGACAGCGCUAGUAAUUUAUCUUUCACGAGGCUUGUUUUGGCUUUUUUGCGGGUGUCGGUGCAUGACUCGAAGGUUGUUCGCGAACAGCGGCUUGCUUGAUAUCCAGGGACGAACCGCAAGCUCAGCAGGAAGCUCGCACAAGAAAAAAAAAAAAAAAAGGCGCAGGUACGCUGAUGCCACGAGUGUUGCCGGGUGCCUGUCCUGUUCGCGGUAA